AUGCCUAAGAGAUCUCUUAAUAGUGUCAAAAUGUGUCGAAAAAUUUUAGGGUGUUAUGUUUUUGUGUUGACAUUGUUGGAUAUUACGCUGAAAACCAAAUUGACAGCUCAAGGAAAGAGCCAUGGUGUCACAUUACAUGAUUCCCUUAUAGAGGGGAUAAACUUUCAGGAAUGGGGCGGCGAGGCGAAGGGUAGCGGGUCCAAUGCGGAGGGGGUGCGCCUGCAGCCAGCCGAGCUGCAGUUCGGCGCGGCCGCGCUGGCGGCGCCGCACGCGCGUGUCGUUACCGUCACCAACACCGCCAACACCACGCUGCACCUCGCCUCCGUCGCCGGCACCACGCCACACUUCCACGCCUCCUUCUUCGACGCCAAGACGCUGGCGCCGGGCGGCAAUACAACCUUCAGCGUGGUGUACCUCGGCCGCCACGAGGGACCCGUCGCCGCUAAUCUUUAUAUACACACUUCGCUAGGCGUGCACAAGUACCCGGUGUCAGCGAUAGGCGUGGCCAACGAGUACGAUGUGUGGCCGCUAUUGGGUGUGCGGGUUCCUGUGAACGCGUCUGUUGAGCCGAUGCUUACCCUGUAUAAUCCCACAGACGACACCAUCCAGCACAAAGCAACGCCACACUUCUCGCAUAUUGUUUGCGAGACACCAGAGCAUUUAGGAAAUUUGCAGCGAAUUCUCUUUUCUGUCCAAACAGGCCAGUGUCCUGUCUGA